AUGGCAAAUCAGAAAAACACCGACGCUUCGAUCAAAAACCUUGAAACUCAAGUCGGACAAAUUGCAAAGCAACUGGAGGAGAAAUAUGGAGGCACCUUCACAGCCACAACUCAACCAAAUCCAAAAGAACAUUGCAAGGCAAUAACAACGAGAAUUGGAAAAAUUCUAAAUGAAAACGGUGAUGAAAAUGAGAAAAAAGAAAGGAGUUUUGUUGGAAAUAGAGAAGAGGAAGAAAAGAAAAGAAAAGAAGAGGAGAAAGGAGAAAAAAAUAAUAAAGGGGAAAUAGUUGAAAAGGAGCAAGAGAAAAAAGGUGGAAAUGAGAAAGAAACAAAUGAAGGGAAAAAAAGUCGGAGAACAAGGAAGAAAAAGGAAAAAUGA